UUGCAGUCCACCAGUACAAACAUGGCAGUCAAGGUACUAAUUGCAGCUGUUCUGUUGGCUGUUGCCUACGCUCAGCAUGACACUGGCUAUUCCGCUCCUACUGAACCAAAGAAUCCUGGAAAGUACAGCUUCAACUACCAAGUGCAGGACGACCCGACCAAGAACGACUUCGGCCACCAGGAGGCCCGCGACGGCCCCGACACGCAGGGGUCGUACCAGGUGCAGCUUCCCGACGGCCGCCUGCAGAAGGUCUCGUACACCGUGAGCGUGGAUUCCGGAUACGUGGCGGACGUGAUGUACGAAGGAGAGGCUCAGUAUCCGGCCGAGGGCACUGCCGGGCAUGCCUGAAUGCCCCGAUUCCUUCCCUUAUUUAUUUUGAGAACUACAUGUGAAGCCGAUUAUAAUUAAAGCUUAAAGUUACA